AAGGGGGUUGUCGGCAAGUAUGAAACCUACAUGAUGAAACACAGUUAAAUAAUGGUUGUAUUUUAAUAUUUAGCAUCCUGAUUUCUAUGAGAUCAGAAUCAAAUCAUGCAGUCGCGGAUUCUGUACCAAGGCACAGCCGCUGCUGUCGCUGCUAGAAGACUUAAAAAUAUUUUGGGACCUGUCAUGGGAAAAGGAGGCUGGACAUGGAAAGCACAUGAGGUCAAACUUCUUAACACCUCUUCAGGUGAUACAGUAAAAAUAGGGGAAAUGUCAUUCCAACUGAAAACGCCUCGAAAUCCAGAACUUGUGCCAGUCAAACACAUGACAGGGUCCCUGCCCCAAACUGUGGCCCAGCAUCUACGCUGGAUUAUGCAGAAAGACCUCCUGGGCCAGGAUGUGUUCCUAAUUGGGCCCCCUGGACCACUCCGUCGUUCCAUUGCCAUGCAAUAUCUGGAGCUGACAAAGCGGGAAGUGGAGUACGUAGCUCUGUCCCGGGACACCACUGAGACAGACCUCAAGCAGCGCAGAGAGAUUCGAGCAGGAACCGCCUUCUACAUCGACCAGUGCGCGGUGAGAGCUGCGACCCAGGGCCGGAUUCUCAUCCUGGAGGGGCUGGAGAAGGCAGAGCGUAACGUCCUGCCGGUGCUCAACAACCUGCUGGAGAACCGGGAGAUGCAGCUGGAGGAUGGCCGUUUCCUCAUGUCUGCUCAACGCUACGACAAACUGCUGGAGGAGCAUACAAAGGAGGAACUGGAUGCCUGGAAGAUCGUGCGGGUGAGUGAGGACUUCCGGGUCAUUGCUCUGGGGCUGCCCGUCCCGAGGUACAAAGGAAACCCCCUGGACCCGCCCCUGCGCUCCCGAUUCCAGGCCAGAGAUGUCUUCUACCUGCCCUUUAAGGAUCAGCUUGAACUUCUGUACAGCAUUGGGCCAAAUGUCGCAGCUGAGAGAGUGUCCCAGCUCCUGUCCUUUGCCACCACCCUUUGCUCCCAAGAGUCUGCUGGCCUAGGACUACCUGACUUCCCUGUGGACAGUCUGCCUGCAGCUCUCAAAGUCCUGGACCUGUUCCCCAUGCUCUCCUCUCAGCAGCUGGUUCAGAGGCUGUACCCAUAUGAGGCCAUGCUGGGCAAGGAGGGCCGCACUGCUGUGGAGAACACGCUGAAGCGGUUCGAGCUCCGCGAUUCAGUAAGGCACCCGUCCUCCAUGGCAGUCACGAAGGUGGAGGCCCUCAGUGGAGACCGGCAGGGACGGGCUGCUGUCACCAUCCAUGUUGCCGAUAAGGACGUCACAUUUGAGGUCCCAGCUGGAACCCGGCCCCCUCGCCCCCCCUCCAGCAGCCCCAACUUCAUCAGCACCACCACCCACACCCGUCUGCUGGCCGAGAUGAUGCAGUCCCACCUGGUCAAAGACAUGUGCUUGAUGGGAGCCAAGGGGUGUGGCAAGUCUGUGAUUGCUAGAGAGUUUGCAGAGAUGCUGGGGUAUAGCAUCGAACCCAUAAUGUUGUACCAGGACAUGACAGCGCGAGACCUGCUCCAGCAGAGGUACACCUUGCCCAAUGGGGACACGGCCUGGAGGGCGUCCCCGCUGGUCACCGCCGCGCAGGAGGGCAAGCUGGUCCUGCUGGACGGUAUCCACCGGGUCAACCUGGGCACCCUAGCCGUGCUCUCCAGGUUAAUCCAUGACAGAGAGCUGGCUCUCUAUGACGGGACCCGGCUGCUGAGAUCAGACCGGUACCAGGCCCUGAAAGAGGAGCUACAACUGUCUGACCAAGACCUACAGCAGAGGUCCAUCUUCCCCAUCCACCCCUCCUUCCGCAUAGUGGCCCUGGCGGAGCCCCCCGUGGCCGGCAGCACCUCGCAGCAGUGGCUGGGCCCCGAGCUCCUCACCAUGUUCCUGUUCCACACCAUGAAGCCCUUGGGAGUGGCGGAGGAGACGGCUAUCAUCAGCGCCAUGACGCCAAAUGCUCCAACAGAAGCCGUAGAACAGUUGCUGCGCCUGACCCACAGCCUGAGACAAACCAACGACCCAACAGCCCAGUCCCUGGCCUCCUCCCUCUCCACCAGGCAGCUGCUGAGAAUCUGCCGCCGUCUGUCCCAGUACCCAGAGGAGAGCGUUGGUCACGCUGUCAACAAAGCCUGUCUCUCCAGGUUCCUGCCCAGCCUGGCCCGAUCUGCCCUGCAGAAGAGCCUAGCCAACUGCUCCAUUGAGGAUGGAGUUGACCCGGCAGGCCUCCAGGAGAAGGACCUCAGCUGCGAAGUAAAGGAUGGCGUACUGAGGAUCGGAAAGGUCUCUGCUCCUGUCUACAACCCCAACGAGAAAAUGAAGGUCCCGGAUGUGCUUUUUUAUGAAAACACUCAGCACAUGAUGCUGAUGGAGGACAUACUGAAAGACUUCCUGUUAGGGGAGCAUCUGUUGCUGGUGGGGAACCAGGGUGUGGGGAAGAACAAGAUUGCGGACAGAUUCCUACAUCUUAUGAACAGGCCAAGAGAAUACCUUCAACUACACCGGGACACGACGGUCCAAACUCUGACCCUGCAGCCCUCCGUGCGAGAUGGGAUCAUCGUUUACGAAGACUCACCCCUGGUGAAAGCAGUGAAGAUGGGCCAUAUCCUGGUGAUAGAUGAAGCAGACAAAGCCCCCACCAACGUCACUUGCAUCCUGAAGACUCUGGUGGAGAGUGGGGAAAUGAUUCUUGCAGAUGGCAGGAGAAUCGUUUCUGAUCCCACAGAGGCUGAGGGAAGGCCCGAUGCCAUUGCUAUGCAUCCAGACUUCAGGAUGCUAGUGCUCGCGAAUCGGCCAGGCUUCCCUUUCCUGGGAAAUGACUUCUUUGGGGCUCUAGGGGACAUUUUCAGCUGCCAUGCUGUGGACAACCCCAAGCCCCAGGCAGAGCUGGCUAUGCUGAAGCAGUAUGGCCCAGACGUCCCAGAUGCUCUGCUCCACAAACUAGUGGCUGCCUUUGGAGAGCUGCGCACUAUGGCAGACCAGGGUACCAUCACUUAUCCCUACUCUACCAGAGAGGUGGUCAACAUCGUCAAACAUCUACAGAAAUUUCCUGACGAGGGACUGGCCAACGUGGUACGGAAUGUCUUUGAUUUCGACUCCUACAACAAGGAGAUGCGGGAGAUCCUGAUAGCCGCCCUGCACAAGCACGGCAUUCCCAUCGGAGCCAAGCCCAGCAGCGUCCACCUGGCCAAGGAGUUGUCACUACCAGAGUGCCGGAUGACUGGAUACUGGACCACAAACCAGGCAGGCAAUGCCAGGCGCAAGUUACUGUGUCCCACUGAGUCCCGCCGAAUAGACAUCAAGGGCCCGGUGUUCCUGCGGGUUCAGGGGUACCCUAUAGAGAGGCAUGAGGCCAGAGCUCUGAGCUUCACUGAGGAGCAGACCCAUUGGCAGAUCCCCAUGAACGAGGUCAACAUAGUCUGUGACGUCACCACUGCCAAGGAUGCAAUCUACGUGGCCACAUGUAACCCCGUCUCCCUCUAUGCCAUGACGCGGCGUGGAGACACCGUUCACUGCAUGGAACUCUACGAUGUCUUCCCCCGCACCAUCAGCGGCGUCUGGCAGCCCUUCAUCACCGUGGCGCCCCUCGGUAACCCGCUGGAGGGCCAGGUGGUGCUGCACGAGGAACAGAGUAAUACAGUGCUGCACUUGGACCUGGUGACUGGGGCAGUACGGCGCCUCCUACUGUCCCAGGAGAGAGAGGAGCCACCCCCAAGAAAGACCACCAACUGGUGGAACAGCAAGGAGAGCCAGGAGAAUUUCAAAAUGUGCCGAGAAUUUGCUCAAAAGAACUGGCUGCUGUUCUACAAAGAAAAUGCGAAUCAGCUGGAUGUUCUGGAUGUGCUGGAGGGCCAUGUCCACACCAUCUCCCUUCCCAUCAACCUCAAGGCUGUUUUCCUGGUGGCUGAAGACCGCUGGCUGCUGGUUGAGAGCCAGACUGACAAGAAGUUCCUGCUGACCAAGCCCAUGCACAUGGGAGCAGAGGAUUCUGGGGUGUGCCAGCUUCAUGCCAUCAGUGAGGAUGCAGUCAGUACUGGUUUUGGGAUGACCUCAGGGGUGGACGUGACCGUCCCACAGGAGGUGUCCAGUGACCAGCUCCCCUCUGAGAAUCUGAGCGCUGCUCUGGGACAGAAGAUUGUCUCGCCCAAUCGGAUUCUGUCUGACACCGGCACCUUUGCCACGCUGAUAGUGGGCUUCCCUGACCUCAUGUCACCCAAUGAGGUGUAUAGCUUCAAGAGGAAGUCACCUCUCAGUGGAGGCAGGAGCGGUGACAUGUUUUUCGGUGGGGCGCGUCGGACGGGACCGGCCAAGAGGACCAACUGCGUGAGCCUCCUGGGGGCCAAUCAGGUGGUGCGAGCCCUGCCCCCAGGGGAUGUCCCCCUGGCUGAUAUCUAUCCUAAAGAUGUCACGCCCCCAAUGACGGCAGCCUACCUGGAGGUGGCAGACCUCAACUCCAAGAAGGUCAAAUAUAUUCCUGUUCCGAGGUCCACAACAGUCUCUCCAUAUACCUCAUGGAUCGCCAAGGUGUCUGACACAGAUGUUCUGCUGGCAUCCAUGGGCAGUGGAGGGGUGGUGACAGUGGACAUGGGUGGAUAUGUUCGGCUCUGGGAGACAGGACUAGACAGCCUACAGCGCUCCCUGUUGGAGUGGAGGAAUAUGAUUGGUGCUGAGGAUGGCCGACCUGUACAGAUUACCAUUCAGAGGGAUAGUGGUCUGGAUGUGAGCUCCCCAAAACAUGGCAAGAUAGACCUCAGUAACGCCCCUCAUGUAGGGGGAAACCAGUGGGCCGGGGGCACAGGGGGCAGAGACACGGCAGGGCUGGGCGGAAAGGGUGGACCCUACCGUCUGGACGCGGGGCACAGGGUGUACCAGGUGUCCCAGGCUGAGAAGGACGCAGUGCCGGAGGAGGUGAAGAGAGCCGCGCGGGAGAUGGCGGAAAAGGCCUUCAAAGACAGGCUGAAGCAGAUCCAGAUGAGUGAGUACGAUGCUGCCACAUACGACCGCUUCUCUGGGGCUGUCCGACGCCAGGUCCAGUCCCUGCGGAUUAUCCUGGACAGUCUACAGGCCAAAGGGAAGGAGAGGCAGUGGCUAAAGAACCAGGCCCUGGGAGAGCUGGAUGAUGCCAAGAUCAUUGACGGCCUGACAGGGGAAAAGGCCAUCUACAAGCGACGUGGAGAGCUGGAGCCAGAGCUGGGCACCCCUCAGCAGAAGCCAAAGCGUCUUCGUCUGCUGGCAGACAUUUCAGGGAGUAUGUACCGCUUCAACGGGGUGGACGGGCGUCUGGAGCGCUCCAUGGAGGCCGUGUGCAUGGUCAUGGAGGCAUUGGAGAGCUACGAGCACAAGUUCAAGUACGACAUCGUGGGACACUCAGGGGACGGCUUUGAUAUCGAGCUGGUUAGAAGUGACAAAGUUCCCAAGAACAACAAGGAGAGGCUGAAGGUCCUUAAGACCAUGCAUGCGCACUCCCAGUUCUGCAUGAGCGGUGACUACACCCUGGAGGGCACGGAGCACGCCGUCAAGGAGCUGGCCCGCGAGGAGGCCGACGAGCACUUCGUCAUCGUCCUCAGCGACGCCAACCUGGAGCGCUACGGCAUCAGCCCCGACCGCUUCGCCCGCGCGCUCACCUGCAACCCGCAGGUCAACGCUUUCGCCAUCUUCAUCGGCUCUCUGGGCGACCAGGCCGACAGGCUUCAGAAAACCCUGCCAGCAGGACGGUCUUUCGUCGCCAUGGACACCAAGCAGAUCCCACAAAUCCUGCAGCAGAUCUUCACCUCCACCAUGCUGUCAAGUGCCUGAGAAGGCCCUGCCCCCUACCCCACCCCCCCAAGGGUUCCUCACCAGCCCCCCCACAGGCCUGUCUGGCCAGCCCUGAAAUGCAACUGUUCCUAAUUUAAGCUAAAAUUGUAACUGCCUGUCACAUCGUUUUGUUUAAAGACUCAUCUCACCCCGCCUUGCCUUUUUGUCUGCAGUAAGCUCUUUCUAAGGGACAUUUGCUGAGACUUCCUCCCCAUAUUAAUGAUUACAUCUGCUAGCUGCACUCCCAGAGUCACAUGCACAUACAGUCAGCAAAGUCAAAGAUGCUGUAUGAGAGGAGCUGUUUUAAGCAUGAUAUCACUACUCCCACUAAAGUUUUGUGUGUCCUUAUGUCGCUCAGAGUGGAAAAAUGAUUGCAUCAGUGGGUGGUCGGACAAUCAGUGUUGACCACAGACUCCUUCAUCCAGAAGAAGUCCGCAGUAAAGGAUCAAUCCACUCAUCACUGGAGAAUGUGAAACAAUGGAACAGUGGAACUGAAUGUGAGAAAUGGGCUCUGCUGUGUGUCCUAAAGUAUAUCAGAAUUUGUCUGAAGUGUGUUAUUUCUUCCAUACUAUGUAACGGAAAUGUACGUCAUAACAUAAAUUGUCAUAUACGUGACCUGAACCAUUGUUGCUAUGAAUACUAAUAAUUGAAGUAAAUUCUCAGGUGAAUCAGCUUGUUUCGCAGUGUGUACAUGAUGUGAUUUUGACCGUGAUCCUGUCCCUGUAAUAACGCAUGGCCUUGGUAAAUAGGAGAGGGUUUUGUGUAAGACAUUGUUCGGCCUUGGUGUGGGGCUGGGCUUACCCAGUGUUCUCACCGCCUUGUGAAGAGGUGGCAUCUCCAUCUGCUUAUAAUCAUCAGUAGAGAUCCAAAAUGGUGCACCCUACACCUCCACUCCCAGAUUGCUCUCAUAAAUCUCUUCUCCAUUCCUAGGAAGCCUUAGUCAAGGGAAGAGUUCCUAAGUGCAGUUGUACACCAUGGUCCUUAGACAGCAUCACAGUGAUCCAUUCAGUGUCCACAUCAUCAUCACCAAA